AUGGACUGGGAAAAUGUUUGGGAGUUGACAGCACCGGAUUCCCAAACAGAUGACGAGCACGAGACUGUUAUACAUGACUUCAGCUGGGAACUUGAGCACACUAGUGGCGGUGAGCCUGCUGUACUGUUCAGCGAUGUGGGAGGCAACAUAUCCACUACAGAAGACAGACACGUAUCAGAGGAUGAGGUGACCCCGGAUAACAUGGAUAUCGAUCAGGACGUUAGUGCUGACCCGAUCGAGGCUGGCUCGCGAUUAAGAUGGUCGUUGAGAAAGCGGACAGCAAUUCAGAAACUUCCCUAUAGUUUGGACAGGAUAAAACACAAGCAAUUAUUGGAAGGAUUUGAUGUCAGUGCAUUCGACUCAGUAUCGAACCAAGUUGAACUGCCUCGAACUGAGCCGCUAAGACAGUAUUCUGCUAAUGAUUACUAUACUGAUGACAGUUACUCCAUGGAUAGCUCGUUGAUCGAUGAAGAGCACGACGGAUCAAAUGAACACGGGGACUUUACGCCAAAUCUAGCAGUAGGUGUGGAUAGUGAAGAUGACAUCGAUGAGUCCGCUCAAUUAAAUGAUACAUCUGAGAAUGACGAUGAGAUUAUUUUUCGGGGGAGGAAGAUUAGCGUGAAGCGGGGGUACAAAGGCAUUUUGCCAAAGAUGGCAUGGCAAAAGGAAUUGUCCAUGAAAAGUGGUAGCACGAUAAAGGCACGGAACAUCCACCAUUUACCUUCCUCCAAGAAGGGUAUUGGUACGAAAAAGAAGAGGCACAUCAUUAACCCACAAGAUCAUUCGCUAAUGAACGAAAUGAUUGUUGCAGACGAUGAAACUAAGGACUUGGAUAAUUUCGUGUAUAAUGUGGGGCUUUUUGAAAAGAAUAAAAUAAUGGAGAACGAGGCUGAGAAAGCCAAUGAUUAUUUCAAAGAAAGGUAUAACGAAGGCUACCUCUCCGGGAAUUCCGCCAACUCGGAUUUAGUGGUGCUCGGGGAAACAGAAACUGGAAUCAAAAACAACGAUGCAUCGCGAAAUAAAUACUCCCCUCCUCACAAGUCAAACUUUAAUAACUUUGACGCAGAGCAAAAAUACCAGGGCAGGACACAGUUGUAUCCAAGUUCGGAUGAAGAGGUUAAUGUUUUGGAGAGGUUAGGUUCUGCACCAGAAGAAAACCGGGGAUUAAUCGACUACAUGUUGGACAGGACUAAAAAGAACAAUUCAACUCAUCCAAAAACAAAUGCUAACAGACAGGAUCGCCGUUUGUCAAAAAUAACUAAAGCUGUGAAGGGAAAGCUGUUUGGUUCAAAGGCUCGACGGAGUACACAAUAUGCCUCUCGUAACACACCAGCCAAGGCAGUACAGAUAUACCGAAAAAGAAUAUUCCGCCCUGCAGAAGGGCCCGCAACAACGCCCGUUGUAGAGCUUGUGAGGGCAGACACCGGAAUUUUUGAAAAGAGCAAAAGCAAAAGUAGGAAACCAACACAGUACGCCUCUAAUCGAAACACCCGUACUUAUAAUACUGUUGUUGAAGCUCUCGGCGAAAGAUUUGGGGCCACUUCUCGAAAGAUAACACGUGAAGCAUCUGAAUUGGACCGAGCAAUGGAUGAACCGCUAUUAGAACCUGAGGGUAUGGUUAUUCUUAAAAAAAUUGUGGAUAAAACAAAGUUUGAUCCCCCAGAUACCAUCACUAUUAAACUUCUUGAUAAGGUUUUCACUCUUUCCCGUUUGAACCGAAAUGAUAUUGGCCCUGAAUUGGAAAGAGUAUUUAGUUUUAUUAUAGAACGAGGUGCCACUGAUAACGAACUAAAAGAUAUGUGUGAAUCGCUUUCUCAAUUCAUGUUUCUACUUGAUAUUUCGGUGCUACGUGAAAUAAUAGAAAAGUUUCACAGCGAGUUUCGAGCCAAAGUUAACCAGCUCCGUGAUAAGGCGAAACCAAUUCACUUUUACGUUAUUGCUGUACUCUUAUUGAUCCUGUUAGAGAUUUCAAGAUAUAGCACAGUGACAGCUUCCCUGCGGUCAUCGAUGGAGGUGACAAUAUUUGACCACGUUACAUCGUUUUACCGAUUUCUUUCCAUAUGUUAUAAAACGGUUCUAAGGGGCGAUAGAGAUCUUCUGAGAAGAUGCUAUCGUACGUUGCAGAUUGUUGUUGGAGAGCUAGGAGGUGCUGAUAAAUUGUGGGAUUUUCUAGAAAAACAAACUUUCAGCCCUCGGAUAUGUCUGUCGCUUGUCAAGACUUAUCCCUCGAAUGUCUCUAGGUGGAGUGUGAUGAGACUGUCGCAAAAAUAUGAUGAUAUGGUAUGGGGUAUGAAGUUUGUGAAAUAUUGCUCACAGGUGCUGCGUUGGGAAAUCGACGACGCACUAAUUUUGAAAUUUGAUCAAAUCUUUAAAAAAAGACGGUAUGCGGAUUUCCACGAAGAACAAUCACUUGACAGCAUCCCCUCAAAAUCACACGCUGAGCUGCCCGUUGUUUGCACCGUAUUUGCUAAAUAUUUGGUGCUGUUAAAAAAUAAAGAUCUAUCUGCAUCGUUUAUGGAACGAAUAACACCACUUGGCGAAAUUUCAAAGAACAAUCCUAUUUCAGUAAUAGUGAAUAGAUUCAGCAUCCUGGUGGUUUUAGCCUCGAAAUCACGAUUAAACUUUGAACGGAGAUUUGAUAUUAUGGUGACACAGAUAAUUUCUGAUAAUGUAGUGGGAGGCUGGCCAACAUCCUUUUUGGAGAGAACUGUGAAAUCCAUUUUGGAAACAACGAUCUCACUGUUUUUAAAUAAUAUUGAGAAGAACUUUCAUUUCAAAGCAAAGGUGCUACCCCUGGUCUAUACAGGACUUGUGAGAGGCAAUCCCACUGUGACAAGCAUAUGGUUUGGCUUUCUACAAAAGAUAAGUCUUACGUUACAUUUGGCGGGAAACAAAAAUAAUGAUUUUUUGAAAGAGCUUCAUAAAUGCUUCAUUUCCAUGUUGGGUGAAGAGGACCAAUUUCAGGCUAGCAAGUGCCUUUCUAAAAUAUUCCUAAACAACCUAGACACUCUAGGCACCGAGUGGGUUCAAAGUUCCCUUUUCCAAACCGUUAAGCAAAAAGCGCAAACAUCUGUCCAAUGGGUUGAUGAUUAUUGGACAAUCUGCUCUUUCUUAGUAGAGAAGAAUGUUUUCAGUUGGUGGCUACUGUCUAUGUACAACGGAUUGGAUAAAGUCGAUGAGGUAAAGUUUUACUUUUAUAGCAAACUUCUGGGCGCCUGUGAUGAAGACUGCUAUAUCAACAUUAAAGAAAGCAUGUUUCGAUUAUUAGUAAACCAACUUUUCGAUGAAAAUGCAGAGACAUUUUACAAAUUUGUGGAACAACUGCUGAGGAGGGAAUGUGGAUUGAUGUUUGAGACAUGUCGAAAUGAAGUAAAAAGUAACCCGCUACCCAUUUUGAAAAGGAUUUAUAAGGUUUUAGAAACAUCAGGCUACGAGGAUCUAGUUUUACUUCUAUUCAGUAAGACUGAAUUACAAUUUAGAAACGCAAUUUUCUCACAAGCUGAUAUGCUCUCAUUGAUCAAGUUUUUGAACAAGCACUUAUUCGACAUUUUGAAGAAAAGCGAGCAAUUCAUCUAUUUACAGAAUGAGUUUGGAAUUUCAGAAAUGGAUAAAGAUCUAAACGGCUUUAGGGAGCAUGUGAAUUCUCUAGAAAGCACCCGAGAAAAAGUGAGUUAUUUUGAACAGGUCUUUAUAUCAGUUGGCGAUGUGAAUGCUGUUGUAAGUCUGUUAGUGUCACUUGUUGACUCUUCUGGUAUACGAGACCUUUAUGAAAUCUUUUUCUACUUGAUACUGGGGCAUUGUCAAAAGUCAACGGAUAGCGAAGCUAUGUCUCGGGCAAAAUUAUAUUUUGUGAGCGUAUACUUGACUGCGAUAAAUGUGGGUAAUGGUCUCAAGUCCUAUCAAUUGAAUGAGGAACAGCUAGCGAGUCUUUUUAAGAUACAUCGGUUUAUUUGUUAUUAUUGGAGGAUUCCAGAUUAUCCAGACACAGGUCUGAAGGCCAUGGAGGAAUGCUUAAUUUUCCAAUACCGAAUGCUAUGUGCUUCCUCAGGUUUCUCCGAAAAUAAACACCUGGUUGAGUAUUCCAAAAUCUUUUUGGAUCAAUAUAGAAAGCCGACUGUGGAUACAGUUAUUGAUGAGCUCCAAGAGGAGAUAAGCUCCACCAUAGAAGAUAUUUUGUUGAAGAAUCUGGAUCAUGUUUCAAAAUAUCCUCUGGAAGAAAGCAACAGAAAAUUGACACUGAAAUUGAUGGAUAAAGUUUCAAAAUUUACAAAUAUAUUUAUAGAUUGUUAA